AUGGAGGAAAUAAAUAAAACCGCAAAGGUGCAAUUCUACUUUCGUCCAUUCUCAGCCGACCCUAACGUCCAGGCACUGAUUUUUGUGGCCUUCCUGGCGAUGUACCUGAUCAGCCUGGGUGGAAAUGCCCUCAUUGCCCUUAUUGUUCAGAUCAAUCAUUCCCUCCACACCCCCAUGUACUUUUUCCUGGCUAACCUGGCAGCUCUGGAAAUCCUCUAUACAUCUUGCAUCGCCCCCCUGGCCUUGGCAAACCUUCUUUCAAUGGGCAGAACCCACAUUUCUAUCGCUGGAUGUGGUACCCAGAUGUUUUUCUUCGUCUUCCUGGGAGGGGCUGAUUGUGUCCUGCUCGCGGUCAUGGCUUACGACCGGUUGAUGGCGAUCCGUUACCCUUUAGGGUACACCCUCCUCAUGAGCUGGCCCUUGUGUGUGGAGCUGAUGGUGGGGUCCCUGAUACUAGGGUUCUUGCUGUCGCUUCCGCUUACAGUUUUAAUCUUCCGCCUCCCGUUCUGCAACAAUAGUGAAAUCUACCACUUCUUCUGCGACAUGCCUGCUGUCAUGCGCCUGGCUUGCGCGGACACGCACGUUCACCAGACCGCUCUGUACGCCAUCAGCUUCACCGUCCUAAGCAUUCCCCUCUCGAUGAUCUUCAUCUCCUACGUCUUCAUCGUGGCGACUGUCUUACGGAUCCGGUCCGCGGAAGGGCGCCGCCGGGCCUGCUCCACGUGCUCCUCUCACCUCUCGGUGGUCCUCCUGCAGUAUGGCUGCACCAGCUUCAUAUAUUUGUCCCCCAGGUCCAGCUACUCUCCUGAGACGGGCCGGGUGGUGUCAGUGGUCUACACCUUCAUCACUCCCAUCUUAAACCCCUUGAUCUAUAGUAUGAGGAACAAAGAAUUGAAAAAUGCCCUCAGGAGGGCACUACGCAGGCUCUAG